CUUGGUUGUGGUGGUUGGGUUAUGGUUGUGGCGCUUGUGGUUGUGGAGAAACAAGGUAGAUAAGUAGAGUGAAGGCAGGGCAGUAAAAUAAUUUCACCACAAUUUUGUCCCCCAGGGAGUCGCAGGGGGAGGUUAAGGAUGUGGGUUAUAGCGGCAUUCAGAGGGGAAGGGUUGUGCUUGGUUGUGGGGGUUGAGUUCCGGUUGUGGCUAUUAUGGUUGUGGAGGACUGAAGGAGAUAAAGAGGUUGAGUGAAGCCCAGGAAGGCUCACCCCGCUGCCUUCACCUCGAAAUGGCGGCUCAGAAUCAUCUUUUUAAUCACUUUUCACCAUUCAGUCAACCCCAUUUAAGGUCAGGCUAGCUAGAACCAUCCACUCUUGACCCCACCAAGCCGGGAGUGUCAACUAAAAGGGGUCAACCUGAUUUAUUGGCUUGGUUAACGUUUGGUUGGUCUGCCAGAGGACGCCCAGACCCUCUCAUGGCGCUGGCCUCGUCCCCACACCACCUCCGGGAUUGAAUUUCACCACAACAUUUUUAUUUCUCCAUGCUGUGCUGGCGGCAGCGUUAUGCACCUGCCGCACCUCUCCCCCACAGGUCUUGCCGGCAGAGCCUCCUCCGUUGACUCAAUGGACGAUGAUUCCUCAGGCUCAGUCAUGGGGUACGGAAACCCGUAUCUUGCAUCCGGCAUGUCCAAGGAGAUAGGGAACAACCUGACGCAGGACCCGGACGCUGCGUACCGCUAUGUGGGCAAGCUGAACGCACAGAAACACGACAGUGGCAGCUGGAAGAUGGACAAGCUGUGCGAUGGCCGGAGCAAUGACAGCACGGGGCUGGGCCACUGGCUUGAUGGAGGGGAGGAGGUUCAGGAGACAGACCUGGAUGCCAGUGAGGGGGAGGGGGAGAAGCAAAGCACAGAGGAGGAGAAGUACAACGCUGACGAGGAGGACAGGUUCAGCACGGAGGAGGAGGAGGCCAAGUACGUUGAGGAAUUUGACUCCAGCACAGAGGGGACAGCAAGGGAGAGUGGGGACGAAGAGAGAGCCCCAAGGGAGGAGACCUUUCUACUUGAGCCAAACUGCCUUGCUCCGUCAUGGCUUGAGGCCAAAAUCCCUACCCAGAGCGGCCUGACAUCUCGGAGGAAGUUGCUCUGGGAUGGCGGAGAGGACAGGGGUCUGGGGUCUGGUGAGGGCUGGCCCAGUAGCAGUAGCAGGGAAGCUGAGCAUAGUGUGACGGAGAGUGAGGAGGAGAGUGGGGUGGAGCUAAGAGGAAAGAAAGAAGACACCUCCACAGAGUCACCAAAUGCCUGCCCUGUCCUCUGCUUUGAUGAGUAUGGUAACCUGAUGACCUCCUACCAAAACCCAAAUGGGGAUGAGAAACCUGGACCAGCUGCUGCCCUCCCCACACCCCAAACCAGGACUGAGGAGAAGCCGGAGCCUGCCUUGAGUACGGAGACACCCACCAACAGCCCCUCCCCCAAGGCACUGCGAUCCAGGACCAAAGUGUCGCCGGAAACCACGGAGAACGCUGUGACUUCACCGCUGUCAGAACAGGAGCUGCGCCAGGCCUUCAAGGAGGAAUACAACACGGCCGCCACCAGUCGCUAUGGCCGGGCUCGCAAGCGGAAGACAGUCGACGGCUUCUUCUUCGGCACCAUCAACUUCAAUGAGCUGAGGAAGAUCACCUCCGGGAGCCCCAAGAAGGCCAGCAAGGGUGGCUCUAAGAACAACAGCCCCGACCAGAAAGUCAAGGCCAAGGAAGAGGCGCGGCCAAGUCUCCCGGCCGGGCCAGAGAUCAAGAGCCUGAAGGACCUGAAUCAAAAUGGGAUUGAGAUACCGGACAGUCACCCCAUCAAUGGGGAGGUGGAGGCUCCCACCCCUCCCCUGGAAGCAGUACAAAUGGACCAAGCCAAAGAAUCUACCUUCACAGUACAAAACAAAGAACCACAGGCCAAGGAGAAUCCGGCCGGCCGCCGCCGCAGCGCUGCAUCAACCGUGGCCUCAGCAACCCUAACCACUGCCAUAACCAGGAGGGAGGGAGCCAAGCCCAAGCCUGCACAGGAAGGGACAGCCACCUCCAAGGCUACAACCACUGCCAAGAGUGUUGAUUCCAGCGAGUUCGGCAUCGCAGGAACAAGCCAGCGGCCGCCAGCCCCAAGGAGAGCACGCAACCAGAGGCGGCGCAGGACCAGGGCCUCUGUGGACUCUGCGGCACCUUGGCCACGACGGCCAUUCCGCUCCUUGCGUCUGGCUGCUGCCCAGGCCAGCCAGGUGGCCCCACCACCACCACCCCUGAGCCAGCUGGAGGCCAACCAACACUUACCCAUCAGCCUGGAAGGACUCAAGGAAGAACCGUCUGCAGAAGAGCCGACCACUGUCAAGGAGGAACCAUUAGAGGAGGAGCUGGUGAGUGUUAAAAGUGAACCACUUGAAGAGGACGGGCAGCUCGGCAUCUCAGACUACACACUUGACAUGCACAGUGACGGCCAGGAGAUGUCAGGCCCUACCCGGAGGAGUACCAGUCGCAGGGCUUCAGAUGCCAAGCCACCUGAGGAAAAGGCAUCUUCCAUCACCAAGUCUGGCCGUAUCAUCAAGAAGCCACAGCUGAUGGACAUAUCGAAUGAAGCCAAGCGACAGAAAGAGACCAGGGAGCAGCAGAGGCUGAACGAGGCCCUCAUCAGCUCAAGCCUAGAGGAGGAGCUUGCCCUGUCAUCGGUGGACAUGCACGUGCUGGAGAAGGAGAACCCUUGCCAGCACAUGGUUGGGGACCUGGUCUGGGUGCACAUCCGAGGCAGUCCGCUGUGGCCGUCGAUGAUCACCUACGAUCCGGCGCUGGGCCAGUACAGCAGAGUGGCCACCAAGUUGGCCCAGAUGACCUACACCCUGCGCGGAGUGCGGCUCUACCACGUGCAGUUCUUCAGCGACAACUUCCUCACUCACUGGAUCGCCCCCUCCAGUAUCAUCCCCUUUGAAGGCUUUGACAAACUGAAGGAGUACUUGUUGGACCUCAAGGCCAAGGUGGGUGGGAAGCCUUGUCAGGCUUGUCCGGAAACGCCCCCCUUAUCACGCGCCCAAGACACUCUUUUAUCCACAAUGAUGAGGGAAAUGCGUAAACACAAGAGGGUGCAGUGUGACGGCCUCCUCAAGACACUGGUCCACAUGAACAAGGUGCAGACUGGGCAGAAACACGAGCGCUGGAUGAAGGCCAUCAACGAGGCCAACGUGGCCCUGGAAAUGGACAGGUAUGAGAGGAUCCAGAAAUAUGCUGUGGUGGCCUUGGACGAGAAGAGUGACCCAACCGGCACCCAGCACACUGCCAAACUCUCUUCCAGGGGCCACCGCGGGCCGCGUCGCAACAGGGGGCGGAAGGAGCGGAAGCGUGGGCGGCCGAGGAAGACACCACAGGUUGCCGAAGCGACGAGUAAGCUAAGUAAAACCAGCGAGGACUCGACCGACGGGGAAUUUUCUGGGUUCGACGAGAACAAUGACGGCAACAAAUGUAACAGGCUGGACUUGACCUUCAGGCUGCAUCGGAAGGGCGAGUUCAUGGCCUUUGCCCAGCAGCACCUUGAUGCCUUCAUGCUGGAGAACCCGGGGAUAGCAAAGGAAGCUGCCCUGAGCAAACUACGCUGGAGGUGGCGGAGGGUGACGCAGGGCAGCCGCCGCAGAGGAGUAGCCGGGAAGCGGAAGCACCAGAGAGUUGACGAGACCUUAAAUGGAUGGGAUGACGAGGAUGUGAGCAGCGGCAGUAGUGGCAUCGGCGGCUUAGCAAAACGGCAGCGGAUGGAGGAAGAUGGCGGGCGUGGCGUAUACAAGGUGGUGCGUAACGAGAAGGUGUGCUGCCGCUGUGAGGGCGUCAGUCAGCGCGGGGGCUCUGACAUUGUACGCUGCAAGGGCCUCUGCUGUGGUGUCUUCCAUUUAAACUGCCUGGGUCUUGCCUCCAUGCCGCCAGGGGAUUUCAAGUGCGAGGAGUGCCUGACCGAGCGACACCCUUGCUUCGUCUGUAAGGUGUCGUCAGCACAGCCUGUUCACCGCUGCACCGUGCCUCACUGUGGGAAGUUCUACCAUGACGCAUGUAUCCAGCGCUGGCCACAGGUCUACAAGCAGCGCCAGCAGGAGAAGUUUGUGUGUCCCCGCCAUAUCUGUCACAUGUGUGCUGCCAAUGCGGAUGACAUAGGCGACUCCCAGGCCAGAACACCACCCUUCUCGCGUUGCCUGCGCUGCCCGACGACCUACCACACGGGUGAAGACUGCCUGGCUGCUGGGACGGAGGAGGUCUCCCAGUCAAGCCACAUCUGCACCAAACACCUCCAGCUACCAAAGAAUAUAUCUCACCAUGUCAAUGUGAACUGGUGUUUCUGUUGCUCAAAGGGUGGGUCACUGCUGCUGUGUGACCAGUGCCCGGCUGCCUUCCAUGCUGAGUGUAUGAAGAUAACGGCUCCAGAGGGCGGCUAUGUGUGCGAGGACUGUGAGAACGGCAAAUUCCCAAUGUACGGGGACGUGGUGUGGGUCAAGCUAGGCCUAUACAGGUGGUGGCCGGGCCAGGUUCUACAUCCUAGAUUCAUUCCCGACAACAUUGAGAACCUUCCCCACCAGCAGGGCAUGUUUUGUGUCCACUUCUUUGGCUCAAACGACUACUACUGGGUCACGCGAGGCAGGGCGUUCCUCUACCAAGAAGGGGACAAGGGUUCAAGGGCACAGUCAAGCAGGACCCUGGAGAUACAGUUCCGGCGUGCCCUGGAUGAGGCGCUGGAGGCAUACAGGGAACAGAAGGCCAAGAAGAGCCUGCAGGAAUUGAGGUGGUCUGAAAAGGGCAACCUGAAACCUCCACCAUACAUCCGGAUAGACACCAACCGUCCCGUGGGCAAUGUACGUCUCAGUAAGGUGGACCUGGCGGCCGUCAACCGAUGCGACUGUGAACCAAACUCCGACAACCCUUGCGGCUCUGACGAAAAGUGUCUCAAUAGGAUGCUGAUGUUCGAGUGCAUGCGUGAAGUGUGCGGGGCCGGGGAUCGCUGCGGAAAUCAAAGGUUCCAGAAGAAGAAGUACCCACACUUGUCCAGCUUCAGGACUGAGGACAGAGGUUGGGGUCUGAAAACACUGCAGGACUUGAAGAAAGGAGAGUUUGUGAUCGAGUACGUUGGUGAACUAAUCGACGAUGAGGAGUUCCGUCGGCGGAUCAUCGAGAUGCACGACGUCAAGGAGGACAACUACUACUUCCUCACCAUCGACAAGGACAUCAUGAUUGACGCCGGGCCCAAGGGAAACUUAGCCAGGUUCAUGAAUCACUCCUGCCAGCCAAACUGCGAGACGCAGAAGUGGACGGUGGGCGGAGACACUCGUGUUGGACUCUUUGCCAUCGAGGACAUUCCUGCAGGCUCUGAGCUGACCUUCAACUACAACCUGCAAUGCGUGGGGACGGAGAAGAAGCGCUGUUGCUGUGGGGCCCCGAACUGCAGUGGCUUCAUUGGCGUAAAAGUACAAAAGACGGAGAUCGCCGGGCCCAAGAGGGAGAAAGGCAGCAAGAGGCGGAAAAAACGUCGCCGGGAGACCAAGCUGUCGGAGGACGAGUGCUUCCGCUGUGGGGGCACUGGGGCGCUUAUCCUCUGUGACGGGGUAGGCUGCCCCAAGGGGUACCACCUGGAGUGUCUGGGGCUAGACAAGCUGCCCCGAGGAAAGUGGAUCUGCCCGUGGCACCACUGUGACGAGUGCGGCCAAUGGAGCACAAAGCUGAACAGGUGUGACUUCUGCCCCAACUCAUACUGCCGGCAGCACAUUGCGGGUAACUUGCAGCACAUUCCAGGCCUCGGCACCGUGUGUCAGGACCACAACUCGACAGAUUUGGAAACGCUCAGGGGUCAGACGGGAACAACAGCAGCGACAGGGAACACUGAGGCACGUCAGCACCACAAGUCUGAUGUUGACUCAGACUGUGGGCAGGACAGCUGUGUGUCCGUCCCUCCCUCCCCUGCAACCAUGUCCAGGGACAGCCUCACGCACCAUGAGCCGGAGGACAGGCAAGAAAGGUCUGUGGAUGAUCCUGCAUACCCCAGACCAGCUGGUGACGCCACUGAGCCGCCAAGGUUGAGGCCAGGCAGAGAAGGGUCGCGAUCUCGGUCCAAGGGGACGCCACCACCCCGGGGGUGCCCAGGGGGAGUCAGCGGUGAGAGAGAGUCCCAGAGGAGCAGCAGCAGGGUAAAUGGGCUCACAGUUCAAAGCAAGGCAGCCCGGGGUGUGAAGGAGCUGGACAAGGCGAGACACGUCAAUGAAGCCUGACGCCGGCCUGCCCCUCAAGGCUAUACUUUUAGUUUGUCCAAUAAUACUUUUUGAAUUGAUAGAUAUACAGAAUAAUAGUUUCUAUUUUAUAUCUUUAAUUUAUUGAUUCCUGUAGGUGUAUAAUACUGGCAUAUGAUUUUGCUUCUGUUUAGUAAAAGUGUCAUCACGGCGUGUGGGAGCGUCUGUGCCCAGACACCACAAAGUGCAAGCUAGUCGAGCAUCUGUUACCCAAAGGUGGACGCAAAAUUUUAUAUAUUGUUAUAAUAUAGUGCAUUGGAUACAAUGGACUUCUAAGGCUAGUUUAUUAAUGACUUGUUAUUCCAUUUAUUUGUUUAUUUUUUUCUUUUUCACCCUCAUGGUAGCAUUACUUCAUUAGUUUCCUCUGCUCACGCCCGACCCAAAGUUCUCCGUGGGAGCCGGUUAAAUAAAGCAGUUUUCAUUAAUUGUAUUGUAUAAUAAUUCAGUAAUUUUGUAGCAUGCAGGGGAAAGUGUACAGGUGAAGGUAUUGCAGGCGUGGGGUGAGCUGUGCGGCCUGAGUGCCCACCUGUGUGAAGGCAUGACCUCACCACACAGGGCAGGUGUGGCCUCACCUCACCUCACACUGUUUUACCAUAACUUAGAAAUUCAUGGGAACUGAAAAUUUGUAUACUCUUUUAAUUACAUAUCUAAACUAAGUUCUUUUCUUCAUUGUCAACAUUGUUCAUAUCAUUAAUAUUAUAAUUAUUUAUUAUUCGCUAUGCAAAUUUUUUAAUUUCUUGAAAAUAAGAUGUCUAUGAUAGACGAUAAAUAAAGCCUUUAAUAGGA